AUGAAAAUCUGUGGGGUACAAAAGAAGGAUACAGACGAGUUAGAUUCUGUGAGCUUGAAAGAAAGACUCAGGAAGAAAUCAGAUGAUGGAGCAGGAAGGCAGCAAGAUCUGGUUGCAAAGUCAGAUGCGGACUAUGAAGAAGCUGAUGAAAAUGCCAAUGCCAGCAGACCAAGUAGUGAGGCAUUGUCAUUUGAGCAAGCCAGCCAACUGCAACUUCAGUUAGAUGAAGCACAGAAGACAAUCCAGUCACAAAAGUAUGAGAAAGAUACACCAUCAAGGACCAUUGAACAGCUGGAAGGAGAGUUGUCCUCACUGCGUGUUAAUUGUGAUGAAAUCAAGCAGUCCAAACAGGAACUACUGCAGCAGGUAAUAUAUUGAGUAAUUAUGGUAGCCUGAUCUCUAUGAAACAAGUUCAAAGACAAGUUUCUAAAUGUAUGAGUUGUAGUUUAACAACUAUUUAUUUGUCACCAGGAAAUCUAUCUGUCCCUCAACCCCCAGAAAACUGAAGUCAUGCUUC